ACUACUUUUAUCUGCAUCCUUGAAUGAAUGGCUGCUGUUACUUAUGGUCUUUGCAUGGCCCUGACUAAGGAAGCCUACCAGGUGAUUUAGCACAAAACUGGGUUGCCUGAAAGAAGGCAGCUGCGGCCUAGUGGCUUUGCCUUGGUGCUUGGCGCAUUUGGCAUGUUACUGGCAUUGCCUGUGGACAUUAGGUUCUGCCCUUUCCCCAGCCCCUGGCACAAUCGCUACAUAAAAGUGAUGCCCGUGUAGCCCCUGGACAAAAUGGCUCAGAGCAUUACCUUCUGAGGCCACAAGAAAAUGUGCCCUAGGCAAAUGGUGCCUCAGGCCACUUUAGUGACAACCCCAGAUAGAUCCUUCAGGAGGCGACAGGUAACGGUCCCUGGAGGGGGAGGGGCGACUCUAAUGUCUGGGAAGGGGGUUCUGCUCCGUGAGUCUCUGAGUGCCUUCCUGAGGCUGAUGGAACACUCCCUCACCGGUCUGCCUGCGCUUAAAACUUAUCCAGGGCCGACCUAUGUUCCUCUCCUCUGGACUAGGGGACUACGUGUGUGAGGGGCCGCGUUAUGAGUGGAAACUCCGAAAGGCGACUCUGCUUCUGUGCCGGGUUUAUCACGGUUGCCUCGAGCCACAGCCUCCCAACCCCUACCCUGUGCAAAUACACAGCAGAUCGCAGGCAACAGCAGGACUGCGGGAAGGACUGGUGAGCGCCUGGAGAGCAGCUCCUGUACCUGGGAGGCAGGACCUCGCUCCCAGCACGACUGACUCUGAAUCUGUGGGCUCAGUGCAGUAUUGUUGCCAAUGGAAAAAGAACUCAAGAGAGACUCACACACAUGCACUCCAGGUGCUGAGCACUGAACACACGGGACUCACACAUCGUAAGUUGGUAAAUUCUCCCUUCUUCCACCGAACUUCAGUUUUUCAGCCAUCUCUCCAGCUCAUGUGAUGCUCAUUGGAAAACCACAUCAAACAUUUGAAAAUAGACAAUACUGAUCUUGGUUAACAGCACGGUUCAGAAGACCGUCUGGAGGAUUUCUAGGAUCUUCUGUGCUCAAGGAAUGGAUUAGAGACUUCUAAUUGCAGAAAAAGUACGACGGCUGAUUAGGGAAAAAACAUACCUCUACGGAGCAGGCAGACAAAAGGAAAGAAUGAACAUAGAGGGGAAACUAUCCUAGUGUAAGGCCCUGGACUCUUGUCUUGUGCCCCCUUAAUGGAGCCCAUCUUAAUGGGGCUCUGGGUGUAACUUGGGUCCUCACUCUUAGUACUUUGCCAACUGAGACAUUCCCCCAACUCUGUGUUGUCUUUUCUAUACAUCCUUAAGCUGCUAUAGACAAAAGAGAAUUGAGACAUUUUUCUCUCCGUAAAUCUGGGCAAAACUAUAAAGACACUGUUCCCCUUUCCAGUGUCAGCCUCAGUCUAUUGUAGUGAUGAGCAGUGGACCUGAGUACCCAUUAACCGUAAUGUAGAGUAGCUUCAAUGACAAGUGCAGCUGUGUACAUCAAUUUGUUUGUCCAUCACUACCACUCUACAGCUCAGCUGGACACUGCUCAACUUGGAUGCCCAUAUAAUCUCUCUGCAGAACCCAAGAAAUCACCAAAGAUUAUCAUCACAGCCUGGGAGUGGAGCCAUCUCCGCACUUGGUGACAAGGUCCAGCCCAGUGACCUCUCAAACCUCAACAUGCUUAGGAGCCACCUGCCAGUGUAAAGUUCCAAAACUGGGCAGCAAGACCUUAGAGCUCCAAGGAGUUCCCAGGUCAGGCAGUCGGAAGUCCCACCCAGAAGAGGCCAAUCUUCCCCAGUGACCACCUGGUUCACACAGGCUCUUUCCCACCAGAAUGUGCUCCCCCGACUGCCAGCGGGAUACAUUUCCCUCCAAUGGAGCUGGUCAUCCGCUGUUGUCUUCUCCUGCAAUUCCACAGCGUCCUGGGCAACACAUCAUCCUUACAGCAGUGGAGUUACUUUACCCACAAGUCUCUCACCCAGCUUCAGGCAAAGCCUGACCACCCACCAUCAGUCCACCUGCUUUCCAGAGAGCUGACUGAGGCACCAAGGGAGGCAGAAGGUCUGCAGGGCACUUUCGAGCCCCUGGCACAAUCGCUACAUAAAAGUGAUGCCCCGUGUAGCCCCUGGACCAAAUGGCUCAGAGCACUACCUUCUGAGGCCACAAGAAAAUGUGCCCUAGACAAAUGGUGCCUCAGACCACUUGAGAGAAAAUCCCAGAUCAAUCCUUCAGGAGGCGACAGGCCCGCCCUAGAUUCCUCUCCCCUGCACCAAAGGACUACAUGUGUGAGGGGCCGCGUUACAAGUGGACGCUCCGAAAGGCGACUCUGCUUCUGUGCCGGGUUUAUCACGGUUGCCUCGAGCCACAGCCUCCCAACCCCUACCCUGUGCAAAUACACAGCAGAUCGCAGGCAACAGCAGGACUGCGGGAAGGACUGGAAGAAGACUGUACUCACUUUCCUGUAUUUGAAAGCACAUUUGUGUCCUAUUCAGGGAACAGAGAUGGUAUUUUGGCAAAGUUGUUUGACCAAGCCCAAGGUAGAUAAUAGACAUUUGCUCCCAGCACUACUGAUUCUGGAUCUGUGGGCUCAGAGCAGUAUGGUUGACGAUGGAAAAAGAACUCAAGAGAGACUCACACACAUGCACCCCAGAAUUAUUAUGUACAGUGUUCUGUCUGUAGGCCAGCAGAGGGCGCGAGGAUCCCAUUACAGAUGGUUGCUGGGAAUUGAACUCAGGACCUCUGGAAGCACAGUGCUGACCUGGACUCACACAUGGUGAGGGGGUCAGCUCUCCCAUCUUCCACCGAACUUCGGUUUUUCAGCCAUCUCUCUAGGUCAUGUGAUCCUCGUUGGAAAAGCACACACAUCAAACAUUUGAAAAUAGACACCACUCAUCUUGGGCAACAACACGGUUCAGAAGACCCUCCGGAGGAUCUUCUGUCCUCAAGGAAUUGAUUAGAGACUUCUACUUUCAGAAAAAGCAAGGAGGGCUGAUUACGGAAAAAAGAUUCCUACAGAGCUGGCAGGCUGAAGGAAAUAGAGAACAUAGAGUGGAAACUACCCUACUGUAAGGCCCUGGACUCUUGUCUCGUGUACAUCUUAUUGGAGGUCAUCUUAAUGGGGUUCUGGGUGUAAAUUGGGUCCUCACACUUAGUACUUUGCCAGCUGAGCCAUUCCCCCAACUCUGUGCUGUCUUUUCUAUACAUCCUCAAGCUGCUACAGACAAAAGAGAAUUGAGACAUUUUUUCUCUCCCUACAUCUGGGCAUAACUAUUAAGAGACUGUUUCCCUUUCCAGUGUCAGUCUAAGUCUGUGGUAGUGGUGAGCAGUGGACUGAGUACCCAUUUACCAUAAUAUAGAGUAGAUUCAUUAACAA